GGCGCCUGCCCGGCGCGCAGGAACCGCUGGGUGCUCGCCGCUCUCAGGAGCCGACCCCGAGCACCUGCAGCCGUUUGUGAACCGGGAGGCUUGACAUUCCCCAGCGCGGAACCCCUCAAGAGAAAUUUCAACGAAAAGGAAUACCAAUGGAUUGUAGUCUUAGAAAAGCGGCGUAGAUAAUGUCUGUUUCCUGUGCUAUAAACUCAUCGCAGAGCUGUAAGUAAAUGCUCCGCACUGCAUGAUGAAUUGGAUGGCUGCAGACCGGAGGCAAAAAAAAUAAUUGUCUCAUUUUCAUGGUGAUUUGCUUAACUGGUGGGACCAUGCCAGAACGGCUAGCGGAAAUGCUCUUGGAUCUCUGGACUCCAUUAAUAAUAUUAUGGAUUACUCUUCCCCCUUGCAUUUACAUGGCUCCGAUGAAUCAGUCUCAAGUUUUAAUGAGUGGAUCCCCUUUGGAACUAAACAGGCUGACUGAAGAACAGCGGAUUUUGAACCGCUCCAAAAGAGGCUGGGUUUGGAAUCAAAUGUUUGUCCUGGAAGAGUUUUCUGGACCUGAACCGAUUCUCGUUGGCCGGCUGCACACAGACCUGGAUCCUGGGAGCAAAAAAAUCAAGUAUAUCUUAUCAGGCGAUGGAGCUGGGACAAUAUUUCAAAUAAAUGAUGUAACAGGAGAUAUCCAUGCUAUAAAAAGACUUGACCGGGAGGAAAAGGCUGAGUAUACUCUAACAGCUCAGGCAGUGGACUGGGAGACGAACAAGCCUCUGGAGCCCCCUUCUGAAUUUAUUAUUAAAGUUCAAGACAUCAACGACAAUGCGCCGGAGUUUCUUAAUGGACCCUAUCAUGCUACUGUGCCAGAGAUGUCCAUUUUGGGUACGUCUGUCACUAAUGUAACAGCUACUGAUGCUGAUGACCCAGUUUAUGGAAACAGUGCAAAGUUGGUUUAUAGUAUCUUGGAAGGGCAGCCUUAUUUUUCCAUUGAGCCUGAGACAGCAAUUAUAAAAACUGCUCUUCCCAACAUGGACAGAGAAGCCAAGGAGGAAUACCUGGUUGUCAUCCAAGCCAAAGAUAUGGGUGGACACUCUGGUGGCCUGUCUGGGACCACAACACUUACAGUGACCCUUACCGACGUUAAUGACAACCCUCCAAAAUUUGCCCAAAGUCUGUAUCACUUCUCAGUACCAGAAGAUGUAGUUCUUGGCACUGCCAUAGGGAGGGUGAAAGCCAAUGAUCAGGAUAUUGGUGAAAAUGCACAGUCAUCCUAUGAUAUCAUCGAUGGAGAUGGAACAGCCCUCUUUGAAAUCACUUCCGAUGCCCAGGCCCAGGAUGGCAUUAUAAGACUAAGAAAGCCUCUGGACUUUGAGACCAAAAAAUCCUAUACGCUGAAGGUAGAGGCAGCCAAUGUCCAUAUUGACCCACGUUUCAGCGGCAGGGGGCCCUUUAAAGACACGGCAACGGUCAAAAUCGUUGUUGAGGAUGCUGACGAGCCUCCUGUCUUCUCUUCGCCGACUUACCUCCUUGAAGUUCAUGAAAAUGCUGCUCUAAACUCCGUGAUUGGGCAAGUGACUGCUCGUGACCCCGAUAUCACCUCCAGUCCUAUAAGGUUUUCCAUCGACCGGCACACUGACCUGGAGAGACAAUUCAACAUUAAUGCAGAUGAUGGAAAGAUAACGCUGGCAACACCACUUGACAGAGAAUUAAGUGUAUGGCACAACAUAACAAUCAUUGCUACUGAAAUUAGGAACCACAGUCAGAUAUCACGAGUGCCUGUUGCUAUUAAAGUGCUGGAUGUCAAUGACAACGCCCCUGAAUUCGCAUCCGAAUAUGAGGCAUUUUUAUGUGAAAAUGGAAAACCCGGCCAAGUCAUUCAAACAGUGAGUGCCAUGGACAAAGAUGAUCCCAAAAAUGGACAUUAUUUCUUAUACAGUCUUCUUCCAGAAAUGGUCAACAAUCCGAAUUUUACCAUCAAGAAAAAUGAAGAUAAUUCCCUCAGCAUUUUGGCAAAGCAUAAUGGAUUCAACCGCCAGAAGCAAGAAGUCUAUCUUUUACCUAUCAUAAUCAGUGAUAGUGGGAAUCCUCCUCUGAGCAGCACCAGCACCCUGACCAUCCGUGUCUGUGGCUGCAGCAGUGAUGGUGUUGUCCAGUCUUGUAAUGUUGAAGCUUAUGUCCUUCCGAUUGGACUCAGUAUGGGCGCCUUAAUUGCCAUAUUAGCAUGCAUCAUUUUGCUGCUAGUCAUCGUGGUGCUGUUUGUAACUCUGCGGCGACAUAAAAACGAGCCAUUAAUUAUUAAAGACGAUGAAGAUGUACGAGAAAACAUCAUCCGCUAUGAUGAUGAAGGAGGAGGAGAGGAAGACACAGAGGCUUUUGAUAUUGCGACUUUACAAAACCCAGAUGGAAUUAAUGGAUUUUUACCCCGUAAGGAUAUUAAACCAGAUUUGCAGUUUAUGCCAAGGCAAGGGCUUGCUCCUGUUCCGAAUGGGGUUGAUGUCGAUGAAUUUAUAAAUGUCCGGCUACAUGAGGCAGAUAAUGACCCCACUGCCCCGCCUUAUGACUCCAUUCAGAUUUAUGGCUAUGAAGGCCGAGGGUCUGUGGCUGGCUCCCUCAGCUCCUUGGAGUCCACCACCUCAGACUCAGACCAGAAUUUUGACUACCUCAGUGACUGGGGUCCCCGCUUUAAGAGACUGGGAGAACUCUACUCUGUUGGUGAAAGUGACAAAGAAACUUGACAGUAGAUUAUAAAUUAAUCAGUGGAACUGAGCAUUCUGUAAUAUUCUAGGGUCACACCCCUUAGAUACAACCAAUGUGGCUAUUUGUUUUAGAGGCAAGUUUAGCACCAAUCAUCUAUAAACUCAACUACAUUUCAAUGUUGAACCAAAAAUUAAUAAUAAAAAUAAAAAGUAUAUGUUAGGAGGUUAUAAAUCUUGUGGAGUGUGAAUUAAAGUACGUGGAGUGUCUAGAAGUCUUUGGAUAUUUGAUAUUUACCUAACCACCACAGACAAAGAUUGGGAUCCUGGCUAAUCCUUAGAGAGAUGGUUU